UUAAGAGUUAAAACAUGGAAGCCCCGUCUUCGGAACACCACAAACGCCUUGAAUACUGCACUACUAGACUCCAAUACCGUCAGGGUCGGGAAUUAAAAGCUGUUAAGGUCUAUACAGUGGCUAGUGAGUCCCGGCAUUUGCUAAUCUUUGGUGUACCAAAAAUAAACCUUCAAACCGAACUUAAGGCCAAACUACAGGGAUUUGGUAAACUGCAAUCCUGCAUUUCCAUAACUUCAGAGAUGGCUUCAAAGAUGGAGCUGGAAGCCUUUACGGAUGUGUUUGCCGUUGAAUUCGAAUGCCUGGAAGUGGCCAGGAGGGCCAAGAAGAUGCUCGAUGCCCGCCAGUUCUACGGCGGAACUUUACACAUAUCCUACGCUCCAGAGAGGGAAUCCCUCGAAGAACUGAGAGAGAAGAUGCUGCAGCGCAGACAGGAAGUAGCUCUACGCAUUCAAAGGAAUCAAAAGGACCAGCCACAUGUGCCAAAGAAGAGCCGGGAGGCCAGAUGA